AUGUACCAUCAUGGACCUAGCCGCUUGCAACUCCUCCCACCUACUGAUCCUGUGAGAGACUCGCCUUCUGCGAGUCCCCUGCGCGAACAACCCGCUGCAUUGCUACCCACUGCUGUCACCCGGGACCGCCGUGCUCAAGAUCCAUCAAACCUGCUUUUGAGCACCUACGGAUCUUCGCCUCCACCGAAAAUGGCGCUCUCCAGUGGUCACGGCGACUCCACCGUGACUCCGCCGGCCACACCCACAAGCCCCCGCUUCACCACUCUGCCAAUCCGGAGCGACCACACCGCAUCCUGCGCCCGCGGUCACAAACAUAGUUUACCCGCCCUGUCACCCACCAUAAAUACCUCCAUGACCAUUGCCAACACCAUCCUCCCCGCCGCGUCCACCCCCGCCAUGGCCCCUCCCUCAUCAUAUCUCUACACCUCCCCAGACGGAGUGUGGGAGAACUCGACCCCCUACACCAUCAUGCACGAGGCACCCAUCGGCACCGGGCUCUGGAGCUCCGUCUACCUGGCGACCCCGAACACGGCCGGAAGACAGUCACCGACAAGCAACGCACAGCAAUACAUGGCAUCGAAAGAAACACCGGCGGCCGCACCACCAUGGACCCCUCCGCCGACGCCCAUCCGGCGGCGCGGCCAAUCGAACUCGGUCUCGUCGACGGAUUCAUACAUGACGCAAUUCUCCAGCAGCACCGCCGCCACCGAACCCACCACCACCGGCAACAACCGCCCGUCUUCUUCAUCCUCUCCUCCUCCUCCCCCAUCUACCAACACUACUACUACCACUCCUACCACCACUGCCGCCCCUCCACCCCCGGCGAUCUGGGCCAUCAAAGCACCCGCCGCCCGCGCCGCCUUCAGCGUCAUCCGCUCCGAGGCGCGCAUGCUCACGCACAUCGUCGCCGCGUCGGCCAACAGAAACAGCCGCAGCAGCAGCAGCGGCGGCGGCAGCAGCGACAUCAAAGAUCGAUCCGAAACACGCCCGGCGGCCCCCACGGACUUCAUGGUCCCCUUCCUCGGCCUCGACCCCCGCAGCGGCAGCCUCCUGAUGCAAGCGCUGCCCCUGACGCUCGACGACCUCAUCCGCGGGGACCUGCAGGACCUGGCGUCGCUGCGGCCGUCGUCGUCUUUCAGCAGCAGCGGUAGUAUCAGCGGCGGCCGCGGCGUUGUUGUCGUCAAUGAUGCAAAGGGAGAGGCGGCGCGGGCGAGGCUCGUCGCCGAGCUGUUGCCGCGGCUGGCGACGCGGCUGCUGGCGGGCUUGCAGUGGCUGCACGAGGAGGCGGGCGUGGUGCACGCGGACGUGAAGCCGUCGAACAUUUUGCUGCGGCCGAGGGGGGAGGGCACGGCGGAGGCGAUGAUCAGGCGGCGGUUGGUGCCGUUCCAGGCGGAGAGGGCGGGUGCGGGUGCGGGUGCGGAUGCGGCGGCGUCGUUGGGGCGGCCGUCGAUGCUGGUGCGCUGCCGGCGUCGUCGUGACAGCAGCUGGAACGAGGGGAAUGGUGGUGUUGGGAAAGAGAACGGAGAUGAAGUCGACGAUGACGAUGACGAUGACGAGGUCGUCUCGAUCAUGGACUUCGAGCCGCUGUACACCGACUUCAGCGCCGCCAUCCCCAUCCGGCCUUUUCCGUCGUCGCCCUUUGAUUCCGCACCACCAUCCUCCUCCUCAUCAUCGCCGCCACUUUCGCCUUCUCCUUCUUCUUCGACCGCAACCCCCUCCGCAACCGCCCCCGCAACCGCCCCGCCCGCCCACCUCGCCGGCGGCACAUGGGACUUCCUCGCGCCCGAGCUCUGCUCCCGGCCGGCACUACUAUCGUCGCCGUCGCCCGCGUCGGACGUCUACGCGCUCGGCGUCUCGCUCGUCUGCGUCGUCCUCGGCGAGAGCCCGUUCGAGGCGCUCGCGGCGGGCAACCCGUUCCGCAAGCGCGAGAUGGUCAAGUGCGGGGACGCGGUGGGGUUCGCGCGCGAGGUGCCAAGGGGACGGUUCGGGCGGGUGAAGGGGGCGGUGGGGGGGAUGUGGGUUACCAGCAGGAGGAGGGAUGGGGGGGAUGAUAGGGGGGGUGAUGGUGGUGGUGAUGGUGGUGGUGAGGCGUGGGAUUGGGAGAGGUGGUUGAGGAGGGGGUUGGUCAAGAGUGUGGAGAAGAGGGCGGGGGCGGGGGAGUGGAGGGGGGAGGUCGAGGGGUUGGUGCGGGUUGGGUAG